AUGUCGUCUCUGGCUCGUCGUCUCCGUGGCAUCUUCACCUCACCUCUGCCGGCCACCACCAAAACUCCAGCUAAAACCAUCAAGCGUUCGUCUUCCAAUAACUCUACACUUAAAGAAAUGGUCGACAAGUUCAAGAAAUCCUCAGACUCCAAGCGAUUCCGAUCCCGCAACGGGUACUACGAGAAAGCGGUCCUCACACUAGCCAAGGCCAAAAAAUUCUCAUUCAUCGAAGACAUCCUGGAACACCAAAAACAGUACAAUGAGAUCUCCACCGAAGUCUUCGUGGUCAGACUCAUUACUCUAUAUGGGAAAGCGGGCAUGUUCGAGCAUGCCCACAAACUGUUCGAUGAAAUGCCAAAGCUGAACUGCGAGCGCACCGUCAUGUCUUUCAAUGCUCUUUUGUCAGCGUGCGUUAAUUCGAAGAAGUUUGAUAAGAUUGAUGGGUUUUUCCAAGAGUUACCGGGGAACUUAGGGAUCGUCCCCGACGUCGUUUCAUACAAUAUUCUUGUUAAUGCAUUUUGUGAGAUGGGGUCAUUGGAUUCAGCACUUUCGGUGCUUGAUGAGAUGGAGAAGGACGAAUUUUAUAUGAAACAUGCACAAAACCUGGAGGAAGUUAAGAGUGUACUCAAUGAACUAGGAGAAGGUACAUUUGAAGUUUUGCUCAUGAUUGAUGCCAUCCAACGACUAGGCAUUGACUACCACUUCCAUGAUGAGAUUGAAGCAAUUCUACAAAGGCAGUAUAGGAUAGUUAUAACUACGGAUGAUUUCAAAGACAAUCUUUACGAGGUUGCACUUAGGUUUUGGCUCUUGAGACAAGAAGAUGUCUUUAACAACUUCAAGGACAAGAAAGGGGAGUUUGAAGAAAAACUAGGUAUUGUGGAUGAUUUUCGGGGAAUUAUAUCUUCUGCUGCUACAAUUCUUCGUGUCUGGGAUGAUUUGGGAAGCGCCAAGUUGCGAGGAGUGAUUUCAGAGAAUAGAAUGUCAGAAGCAGUUGAAUUAAUUGAUGAGAUGAAAACCAGUGGGAUCAAACCUGAUGUGUUUACUCUCAAUUCUUUGAUGAAAGGCUUUUGCAAUGCUGGAAACCUAGAGGAAGCUAAAAGGUGGUAUAGUGAAAUUGCGAUACAUGAGUUGCCUCCUGUUCGGGCUACUUACAUGACACUCAUCCCAUUUCUUGUUGAAAAGGGUGAUUUUGAUAUGGCUACUGAGCUGUGCAAGGAAGUCUGCAGCAGGCGCUGGCUUAUUGAACCGGCUUUAUUGCAGCAGGUGUUGGAGGGGCUGGUUAAAGAGUCAAAAAUUGAAGAAGCAACUGAGCUUGUGGAAUUGGCAAAGUUGAAGAAGUUUCGCAUUACACUGGAACUGCCUUCAGAUAAAUAG